GCGCACUCGGCGGUGCCGGAGCGGAGCGCGGGCCGGCGGCGCCAUGGUGCUGUGCCCGGUGAUCCGGAAGCUGCUGCACAAGCGCGUGGUGCUGGCCAGCGCCUCCCCGCGCCGCCAGGAGAUCCUCCGCCAGGCGGGUCUCAGGUUCGAGGUGGUCCCUUCCCGGUUCAAAGAGACGCUCCCCAAGGCCUCGUUCCCCACCCCUCCCGCGUACGCCGUCGAGACGGCCAAGCAGAAGGCCCUGGAAGUGGCCCGCCGGAUGCACCAGAAGGACCUGCGGGCGCCCGACGUUGUCAUCGGAGCAGACACCAUCGUGGCGGUGGGGGGGCUCAUCCUGGAGAAGCCGGUGGACAAGCAGGACGCCUACAGCAUGCUGUCCAGGUUGAGCGGAAAAGAGCACAGCGUGUUCACGGGCGUCGCCAUCGUCCACUGCUGCAGCCGAGACGGCCGUCUGGACACCGACGUGUCGGAAUUCUACGAGGAGACGAGGGUGCAGUUCUCGGAGCUGUCGGAGGAGCUGCUGUGGGAGUACAUCGACAGCGGGGAGCCCAUGGACAAAGCCGGGGGCUACGGGAUCCAGGCGCUGGGCGGCAUGCUGGUGGAGCAGGUGCACGGGGACUUCCUCAACGUCGUGGGCUUCCCCCUGAACCGCUUCUGCAAGAAGCUGGCCGAGCUCUACUACCCGUCGGGCCGCGAGGACCCCCGCCCGGCUCAGAGCCACCAGGGCCGCGGCGGCCGGGCCGAGGACGGGGGAGAACGAACGCAGGCUGCGGGCCCAGAGGAGGCCGUUUCCAACAGGACGGGGCACAGCCCGCCCCCGUUCCCCACGGGCCUGCUGGAACUCGUCGACAGCUUCAAAGCUUCAAAGGUACCUGUGCCAAUGUCCUGGGGCAGCCCUAACAAACGAGCCCACACCGGGGCCUUAAACCCCAGGGGUCCACCCUCCCCCGUCCUGGAGCCCAGAGUCUGGGGUCAAGGGUCGCAGGGCCACGCUCCCUCCGGAGGCUCCAGGGGAGGGUCCCUCCUGCCUCUUCCAGCGUCCGGGGCUCCAGGGUCCCUGGGCUGGUGGCCGCC